AUGAUUCGUGACCACUAUGUCCCUCUAAAAAGUGCCAUUUCCAAGCAGCUGUUGGCCAUGUGGAAGGAACGGCUGGCUUUGGAGACGUCUGCCUCUGGGGGAGGGCGGCUGUCAGGCUCGUCGCAGUCACCGCGGGAGGAGGAAGCCAUCGUGCUCACGCCCCAGGCAAACCCAGACAAGAAGAGUCGCAUUCCUGUCGCACCGCCUUGGCAGGCAGUCCCGGCUGCGGUUAUGGACGUGUGUCUGAGCUCCGAGCUGCGGGAAGCACCAUGCACCCCAGAUGGCUGCUUAGAGCCGGCGGCGGCGGCGGGGUCUCUCCAAGAGGAUGGCACCGGCGGACCCCCAGGAGCUAAGAAGGUCCCAGGCGGAUCUCAGGGAGCAGAGGCGGCUUUCCUGCCGGUUUCCCUCGGGCUCCUCGCCGCUGAUUCCUUCUCACCGCCAGUGCCAGCCGCUUCUCUGCUGCUGGCGACCCCCAAUUCUAACAAGAUAGAACCAUCUCUUCAUAGCCUCCAGAAAUUUGUCCCUACAGAUUACGCCAGCUACACGCAGGAGCAUUACCAGUUUGCAGGCACGAAGAUCGUCAUCCAAGAAUCCAUAGAGAGCUACGGAGCGGUGGUGUGGCCAGGGGCUACCGCUUUGUGUCAGUAUUUGGAGGAACAUACAGAGGAACUGAAUCUCCAAGAUGCCAAGGUACUUGAGAUUGGUGCUGGACCAGGCCUUGUCUCCACUGUGGCCAGUAUUUUAGGAGCUCAAGUCACAGCAACGGAUUUGCCUGAUGUCCUAGGAAACCUUCAAUACAAUCUUUUGAAGAACACAUUAAAACGUGCAGCACAUCUGCCGGAAGUGAGAGAGCUGGUUUGGGGAGAGAGCCUGGAGCAACACUUCCCCAGGUCGACGUUUUAUUACGACUAUGUUCUGGCCUCGGACGUGGUCUACCACCACUACUUCCUGGACAAGCUGCUCACCACCAUGGCGUACCUUUGUCAGCCAGGGACGGUGUUGCUUUGGGCAAACAAAUUCAGGUUCAGCACCGAUUAUGAAUUCUUAGAUAAAUUCAAGCACGUUUUUGACACAACACUCUUGGCUGAAUUUCCAGAGUCAUCAGUCAAAAUUUUCAAAGGAAUACUAAAAUGGGAUUAAAUUAAACAGAAUGCCUUUCGAAACAUUAGUGUCUUUUGAGCAGUGUUGGGAAUCGUAUUGUCAAUAAAAGACUUGUGAGAUCGAGAAGGUAGUGCAUAAAAACGACUUGUAUGCCUAGA